GCACAUUCCUUGACGAUGUUCUCCUUCACCAAAGCCAUCACCUUCGCCACCUUGGCCGCAAGCGCUCUCGUAUCUGCUGUCCCCGUCGACCUCCCCGUCGGCCAGAGCGCUGUCUCUGACCUUACCGACCUCGUCGAGAAGCGUCAGUCUGGCGACCUUCUUUCCAUCGUUGCGGACCUCCAGGUCUCCAUUGCGCCUGCUGUGACUGAGCUCACCUUCAUCACCGCCGCCAAUGCCACCGCCGAUGUCAUCACCCCCAUCGUCUCUGAAAUCACCACCACUGUGCAGUCCACCGUCACCAGCAUCAAGGCUCUCGGCAACUCCACUGUCAGCGUCGCCGCUGAGGACAUCUCCAAAGCGCUCGCUGGUGUCAUCUCUACUGUUGCCACCCCCGCUGGCAACAUCCUUGCCCUCGAGGGCAUUGACGUCAACGCCGUCACCGCUGCUCUCUCGCCCCUCGGUGACGUCCUCGGCAGCCUUGUCGAUGAGGUCCUUGCCCUCGUCGGUGAGAUCCUCGACGUCGUCAAGCAGACCCUCGACACCCUCCUGGGCGGCCUUUCCGGCAUCCUCAGCGGCCUCGGCUUCACCGGUCUCCUUGGCCUCCUCGGCCUCUAAAGGGCUCGUUGUUUGCUGCUGAUGUACCCCUCUCCCUUCUUAUAUCCGAUGCUGCUGUCUUUCGUACCACAUACACUCUUUACAUACUAGUAUUGGAUCGU